GGCAGCAGCACCUGACAUAGGUGGCCAUGGGGAAGCGAUACUUCUGUGACUACUGUGACCGCUCCUUUCAGGACAGCCUCCACAACCGCAAGAAGCACCUCAAUGGGCUGCAGCACCUCAAGGCCAAGAAGGUCUGGUACGACAUGUUCCGAGAUGCAGCCACCAUCUUGGUGGAUGAGCAGAACAAGCGGCCCUGUUGGAAGUUUCUACUGAUAGGUCAGUGCGACUUCGGCUCCAAGUGUCGAUUUUCCCACAUGUCAGGGCGAGAUCUGCAGGAGCUGAGCCUUCAGGUGGAAGAGGAGAGGCGGUCCAAGGAGUGGCCACUUGAUGCCGGGGAGCUCCCUGAGGUCCACCUGGAGGACUGGCUGGAGAAGAGAGCCAAGCGCCUGAGCUCAGCCCCAAGCAACAGGGUCGAACCUGCCAGGACCGCCAUCUUCCAGUACCCCAUGGGUUGGCCACCAAUCCAGGAGCUUCCACCAUCCCUGAGGGCACCCCCACCAGGAGGGUGGCCCCUGCAGCCCAGCAUCCAAUGGGGCUGAGCCCCUUGGCCCUACCUGGCCCCUACCCAGUCAACUUU